UCGUAAGAGAUGUCUUCUUCACUUGCAAUUUCCUCAAGCUCCCUUAGGCUCACCCAUGUCUUCCCAACUAACGGAAAUGCAAUUCUAUUUAACGCCAUAUCCAGUUGCAGAGUCUCCUCUUUGAAGCCACCGUCUUUGAACAGUAUCUUCAUUAGAAUCCCAUUCGGGUCCUUUAAGAAGGCCUCUUUUUUCACUUCCUCCAGGCCCUUUUCUCCUGUCAUGGAAUGGCAGGAUUGCACGGCAAAGAUGGAAAUUGAUGUACCUGCAUCGGUCGCUUACAAAUGUUACUCUGAUCGUGAAGCAAUUCCCAAUUGGAUGCCAUUCAUUUCAUCUGUCCAGGUAUUGGAAGACAAGCCUGAUUUGUCACGGUGGUCUUUGAAAUAUAACGCAUUUGGUCGUGAUCUUGAAUACUCCUGGCUUGCUAGAAAUAUGCAACCCAUCCCAAAUCAGAAAAUUCACUGGAGAUCUCUGGAAGGUCUUCCUAACAGGCAAGCAAAAAAACGACCCAGUAUUAGGAAUUUCAUUGACUCCUUGAAUAACCCAAAUUUUACAUUUUUCUUUUGGUUCAGUUUAUGAGUUUGCCUUUUUAUUGUUUUGUCGACACCAAAGCUCUAUAAAUUAAUCCCAUUGGGAAACUCUUGCACGCCGUUAAGGCAAUACUGCAAAAUUGGAUGCUGACUUGGGACUUUGUAGCAUCGCCAAAACAAUUUAUUCGUUUGUCAGGUGCCGCCUAUUCCUGAAAUAUGAUGAAAAUGACAAAAUGAAAGCAUGAAAGAUGAUUACUACCCCCUCUCCCAAAAUGAAUGCUAUGAAAGAUGAUCUUUGGAACCAUUGAAGAAAGGCUUUAGAUUAUUGUUAUCAUAAAUGAGAAGCCUUCUAGAUGAGUCAUAAAAUUAUAUUACUUGAGCAUUUCCUUUUCAGUUUCCGCCUGCUGUUCGUUCAAGUAUGACCUGAAGCACAAGUAAUCAAAGCUCUUUCAUACACUUAAGCUUUGCCACUUAUUGAUUAUCUAUUAGCACAUUCACUGAAAACAUUCAUCUGUUUUGUGCAUAACAUGAUUUCGUGGAGUGUUGUUUGUGCUUGACCCUGAAAUUCCUUUGGUUUCAUUUCAUGCAAUGAAAAAAAUUAGAUAAUAUCUUUGUUUCCACUUUAUUGCACUCCUUUAAACCUCUCUUUUUGUCAUUUGCCUCAACUUGACGAUAGAAUCUUAACAACCUGAU